AUGGAGGCUAGGGAAGGCAUGUGCAGGGCCAUGGGUGAUGGCGACGAGGAAGAGGAUGCGGUGGAGAACGGUGCAGAUAGGUUGGGGGUGGAGGAAGAGAGAGGGGGAGUUGAUACGGGUAGAACCAGGGGAGGGCGCUUGAAGGGGGAGGAGCCUGGGGGAAGGGGGGGAGCGGAGCGGGAAGAGGGAGAGGAGAGGAAGGAUGAGGGAGGGAGAGCGGGAGGAGGGUGUGGGGAGGACGCGAGGGAGGAUGGGAAUGGGAGAAAGAGGGGCGGACGAGGGGAAGUUGAGGAAGGGGGGAAGGGGAGGGAGAGGGGAGGACGAGGGGAGGUGGAGGAGAGUGGGGGGCGUAUGGGAGGAGAAGGGAAGGUGGGGAGAGAGAGUGAGCCUUUGUCGGGCGAUUUGGCGCACGAGGGGAAGGAGCUCUGGCUGUCCGUCCUGCCGAGACCAGAAGCAGUCCCCACAGACGCCGCAGGGGUGGCUGAACGAGAACCAGUAGCAGCAGCAGCAGCAGCAGCAGCAGGAAAAGGUGUAGCGGUGGCAGUUGCAGCAGGAGCAGCGGGAUGGGCAAAGGGGGAGGGGAAAGGGACCCUAGAGGGGCAUGCUAGCGACCCUGCACGCAGGGAUGGUGGGCUCGUAUCCCGGAGGCAGCAGAUCGUCAAUGUUCUCCAGCAGCUCCUUGUACACCUUCCUUAG